GCUCCAAUGUAUUAUAGAGGAGCUAAUGCAGCAAUUUUGGUGUAUGACAUUACAUCCGAGGAAAGUUUUCUAGAUAUGAAUUCUUGGAUUGAAGAAUUACGCAAGAAUAUGAAUGAUGAUCUGAUAAUACAUGUGGUUGGUAAUAAAAUCGAUUUAGCUCCAGAUCGACGAGUUAUACCAUUAAAGAGAACACAGGAUUAUGUUUCACGUAUUUUAGGAAAUAAUUUUAGUGUACAUGAAGCAUCAGCCAAAGAUGAUAAAGUAAAGUUUCAAAAGAUGACAUCUCGUGUUCGUGAACGUAACAUUGGCAAGUUCCUCCUACCAAAUGAUGCUUCACUUGAUCGUGACCACGUUCAAGCAAAAUUUGAAAAUGGUUUGCUUGAAGUUAAAAUUCCCUUCAAAACAUAUAGAGAAUUCAGGGUCACAUUGAACGUAAAACAACUGAAAGUGGAAUAUAGCAGAAUUCAAAUUCUUGAAUAUAUAAUAAAAGAAUUACAAAUUCUAUUAAAAUAUGCAAUGGAAUUAAUCUUUUAA